GUUACGCGUUUGAACCCACUUGCUGCGUUGGAGAGCCACCUGGACGACCCCCUGGGCUCCACCAUCUUCUCCAAGUCUGUUGUCAAGCCCACUUCCUACUACGGCCCAGGCUGCGCCAUCGCAGACUCUGUCAAGUUCUAUGGCAUUGGGAUCCCCACCCCAUGCUUCCUGGGCGGCCUGUGGCUCUGGACCUUAGGUUAA